UUCUCGCCGACCUUCAUCACGACCAUUGGCAUCGACUUCAAGAUCAAGGAGGUGAAGCUCCAGAUCUGGGACACCGCGGGGCAGGAGCGGUUCCGCACGAUCACGGUCUCGUACUUCAAGGGCGCGCACGGCAUCGUCCUGGUCUACGACGUCACGGAGCGCGACAGCUUCGAGAACAUCCAGCACUGGGUCCACCAGAUCCGGGAGAACGCCGACGAGCGCGUGCGCCUGAUCCUUGUCGGCAACAAGUGCGACCGGCGCUCCGAGCGCGUCGUCUCCACGUCCGAGGGCGAGGCCCUCGCGAAGCAGCGCGGCCCGCCGCGCCCCCGCCGCCGGACGUACGGCGUCGCCUUCUUCGAGACGUCGGCCAAGGAGAACUGCGCCGUCGACGAGUGCUACACGGCCAUCGCGCGGGAGACGAAGGACGCGAUU